CGGCCAUUUCUAUUUGUGUUUGAAACUGAGCGUCGCCAUAUUUGUGUGUGUCUGUCCUCCAUCUUUUAUAAACAAAUAAAUUUUCGAGUAAUGGAGGAUCAUCAUCCGAACGUGAUGUGCGACGUCGAAAUACAGCCGGAUAUACAGGAAUGCGUCGAAAUUGAAACAAUUCCUAUCGAUAUGGGCGAUUCGGUGGACGCUAUCGUCGAAUAUGGCGAGCCCUUGAUGUCCGGACAGGGGCUGGAAGGUCGCGAGCUUAUUUUAGAGACUCACGAAGAGAUUAUAGACGAUUCCGGGGAUCCUUUGAAUUUGUACGAUGUACCGGUGCCGGAUCAGGCCGAUAUGUACGUGGAAACUACGGCAGGGCCGUCGAAAAAGCGUAAAAACUUCAAAAACAACCGAGGCAUCCAAAUUAAGCGAGAAAACGAAUUUUUGUUCAGUGACAUGCACAUAGAAACAAAGCCUAGAAAAUGGGAACAGAAACAAGUACAAAUCAAAACGAUGGAAGGCGAAUUCUCGGUUACCAUGUGGGCCUCAGGAGCUAGCGAUGAUGAAGGUUCAAAUCCAGACCCGGAUCCAGACUACACCGAAUACAUGACCGGCGAAAAAGUCAAGCAAGAAGGCAUGCCUGGAUUGGAUUUGUCUGAUCCCAAACAGUUGGCAGAAUUUGCCAGGCCCGGCCUGAAGAGUCCCAGAGUGAGACGACCCAAUCAGGACUUGUCAGAGAGAACUAUUGCAUGUCCUCAUAAAGGUUGCAAUAAAAUGUUUAGAGACAAUUCAGCAAUGAGAAAACAUUUACAUACGCACGGCCCUAGAGUACACGUUUGCGCCGAAUGUGGAAAAGCUUUUGUUGAAAGUAGCAAAUUAAAGAGACAUCAGCUGGUGCACACAGGAGAAAAACCCUUCCAAUGCACUUUCGAAGGCUGCGGCAAAAGAUUUAGUCUCGAUUUCAACCUAAGAACACAUGUCAGAAUACAUACUGGAGACAGGCCUUAUGUUUGUCCAUUUGACGGUUGCAACAAGAAAUUCGCCCAAUCGACAAACCUGAAAAGCCAUAUUUUAACUCACGCCAAAUCCAAAGGCGGGAGGAAUAACCUUCAAGGCAGAUCGUCGAGCAGUAUGCAAAUGGUGCAAUCGUCGUUUGCUCAAGAGGUUGCCGAUCCAGAAUAUAUUGUUUAUACUGAUUAAAAUGAGGUUUUAUUGUAAAUAUGUAUUAGACAAACUUCAACAGAAAAAAUCUACCUUGUAAAAACCAAAAAUAUAGUUUUUAUUGUUAGUUUUUAGUUUGACUUUUGUGUUAUUUGAUAACUAAUAAUUAUUGGAGGUAACAAUGUUGGUUGCCAGGAAAAUCCAAAAAUAAUUAUUACGCAGGACAAACAGUUUUACUUUACCUACAACACCGUCCUGUAUAAAUAAUUUUUUAUUGUUACUGUGUAACAUUUAUGAAUUAUUUUUUGAGUUAAGUGUGUUUAUUAAUAUUUAUAGUAUAUUUUACAAAUGAAUAGAAAUGGUUACUUUGAACAUAAAGGAAGCAAUGCAAGAAAUAUAUUUGCUUGUUGUUAUCAUUUGUAAAAUAUCCCAUAGGUACCUAAUUUACUUUAUUUUGACUGAAAAUUUGCUUAAAAAAAUUUCUCAAUUUUUAGGCAUUUAUUUUUUAAAAUAUAAAAUUAUGCAAAUCAAUUUACAGGUAGUUUUGCUUUUGCUCGAUUUUAUUUAUUCAUGACAUAAUUGCCCACAUUUUUAUAGACACUGGUUCGGAUUUUGUAACAACUACUUGGAUAUACAGAUAAGUUCUAAGAAGUAUAUCUUUGUUUUCCCUUUUAUACUGUCCAGAAAAUUUGGUUCAGCUUCAUUUGUUAAAGCCUUCACUGGAUUUUUUGCCAAAAGCAAUCAACACUAAAAGAAAUGUGUAUUGACCAAAACUCUACUAAAACUGCAUAAAUCGGCCCUUCUUGGACAGUAUAAAAUAAAGAAUUUUUGUCUCAAAAUUUAUUACUUUAGGUCUAAAUUUUUUUUAACAAAAGUGUCUUUGUGAUUAAAUAUGUAUUGAGAAAAUUGUAUUUGUAAAAAGGAUAGUAAGGUUUAUUUUUCUAAUAAAAUAUAGGUACAAUAUGAUAUUUGAACUUACAAAUGACUUAUUCUCGUGGAGUUUCCUUUAUUCAUCAUUAUUUUAUUGCAGAAUUGACUUUUUUUAUUUCCUGGUCAUUUGUUAGUUCUGGUUUUAGUUAAGAACCGAUUGUAAAUAGUGUAAAAAUUAUAGGAAGUAAUAUUGAAUAAUAAAUAAUAAAUUGUUUUUUACCAA